UUUCCCCACCACCCAAAAAAUCAGGAUUCCUCAUCCUCCUCCGCCUCCUCCGUAUCCACGCGCCGCCGCCUCCAUCCUUUCCACGUGCCGCUGCCCUCGGCUCCGUCCUCAACCGACGGUGGCCGACGGCGGUCCGGUGCGCCUCCUCCCCCGCCUCUCCUGCCUCCUCCGCCCCUCUCAGUGCCUCCCCCGACCCCCUUCCCCCCGCGCCUCCUCUAGGGCUUGCGUCAACAGGGAGGGGCGUGAGAGGCCGGCAACAGGGAUACUGGCGACGGCGGCCAACGGUGGAUUGGCUGCGGCGCCUCCCGCCGGACCCCGUCCUCCCCUCUCAGCGCCUCCCGCCAUCCCCCUUCCCCUCUUCUAGGGUUUUGGGGCAGCGGCAGGGGCAAGGGCAGCCGGCAGGGCUGCAGCUGAAGGCGCGGUAGCGGCUGGUGGUUCGGAGCACGGCGUGGGCGUCUUCCCUGCUAGCUGGACAGUGGCGUUUAUUAGGAGGAACCUGUGAGCAACUUUUGUAUCAAGUCUACUUCUCGUGAGAAGAGGGUCGACAAUGAAAUUGGGUUCAGUUGUUAAAGACGGCAAGGCCUAGAAAGUUGCAAAGGUUGUAUACAGAGAUGGUGAUCAUAACUUGGAGGUAUCUUUUGACCCAACUCAAACCCAACCUAGUGUACCGGCAACGGGAGGGGUAGAAGAGGGUGAGCCAGUAGCAGCAGCGAUGGGAGGGGGAGGGGGAGGGGAGAGUGAGGUAGCGACAGUGGCGACUGGAGGGCAAGAGGAGAGGCAACCACCGCCAGUAGUGAAGGCUCAAAACAAAUCACAGCUUCCUAUGCGUCAGAAGAGGAAGAAAGUUUUUACAAGAGUAAGAGUCCAAGAUCAAGAAGAAGACAAUGACUUUAUGGAACCAGCUUGUCAGGUUAAGAGUAAGGUAGCUGAGAAAGCAACACAAGAUCAUACAAAGCAUAAGCUUAGUGAGCAGGAACCAGAGGAUGAAGUGGAAGAGGAAGAUGAGGAUGAAUAUGAAGAUGAUGUUGAGGAUGAAGAUGAAGAAGUAGAAGAGGAUGACGACAAUGAUUUCAUGGAACCAGCCCUCAAGGUCAAGCGGAAGGUUCCUCAGAAUAGGAAGACAGAAGCAAUGCAAGGUUCUAAAAAGAAGGUUGCUUCAAAGCAAAAGUUGACUAAGGAUGUGCCGGUCAGGAAGCGUGAUCAUUUCUCUGUGAACACCAGAUGCCAGCCUAAUGCCAUCCUUGAAAUGGUUGGUUCGUUGAACAAACCUCAGAGGGAUAGAUUGCAUGCUUUGGGAUUUGAUUGGGUUUUCAAGUUUCGGAUGAAUGGCCUUCGAUCUAGGGAACUCAUUGAAUAUCUAAUAGAUUGUCUUGACCCUGAUUCUAUGUGCCUUGAUCUUGGUGGUCGUGGGAAGUUACCAGUGACACCUGAUGUUGUGCACUGUGUGUUGGGGCUGCAGAAUGGCCACUUGGAUCCACCAGUAGUGUCUGACACUACUCCAUUGGAUCCUAUCAGGGAAGAAUUAGGUCUUGGAAAAAAGGAGAAAAUAUCUAGUUCAUCCAUUCUGGAUAGGAUUAAGAUGGGGGGCACUGACGAUUUCACAAUGCAGUGCAUUCUGAUGAUCUUGUUUAGCAAGUUGCUGGCCCCAGACUCUAGCACCGACAUCACAGGGAAUAUAGUCAACAUGGUGAGCAAAAACUUGGAGCAGUACAAAGACAUGGCCCUCUACAAGUUUGUUGUUGAUCAUUUGAGAUGGUCAGCUGAGAAGUGGAAAAGUGGCAAGAGGAGUACAGUCUACGGCUGCACAGCUUUACUUGUGGUGUAUUACCUUGACAACCUUCUUUGCAAGGCCAUGAUCUCAAACACCAAUACACCACGCUCACAAUUUUUCAACUCCAGUCUUAUUGACAAAAUUGAGAAUCUCACAAAAUCAACAAAGAAGGAUGGCUCUACCUCUUUUGGGAAAUUAAAUCUGAGGUGUAGGGAAAGCACUUGCUACUUUGUUUCAAAGGAGAAGGUGAAGAGAAAGGUUGGAGCUGCUAGUGGGAGUACUAGAAAGAGGAAACACAUUGAUGAAUUAGCAGCUCAAGAAGCAACUGUAGCAAGAUCCAAAGAAGCGCCUCGUUUUGGUGGUGACUUCCCAAGUCUUCGUAGUAAGCUAGGACCACUUAUUGAGUCACUUGGGAGUACCCGCAAGCAAAUUGGGUUGGAUGCUCUUGAGCAAUAUGACAAGGAGGUCGAGCAGAUUAUGGGUAACCUACACAAGGCUCAAGACCGCCUAGUGGAUGUUCUAACUUCGCUUUGCUCGACAAGUGAUCCUAAGAUAGCUUACACACGGAAAAGCAAAAAGAGAAGAGAUGGCCUCCCCCCUCUAGAUUCUAAUGCAGUAACCGACAAAACAUCUGGCAGUGGCAAUGAGAACACAACCCAAGCUUCUAUCGGCACACCUCCCACUCAGGCCAAUGAUGUUUUAGGAGAUGAGCAAAGUAGAGGCAAUGUGGAGAGCUCUCCCCCAAUGCAUGUCGAGGACCCAAAAGAUGCAGAAGCUGGACAACCUUGCGAGCCAGCAAAAGAUGCACAUAAUGACAAUGAUGCUGAGUUGUCUAACUUGGUGGACAAAAUCUGUACAAAUGUUGAAGGCUUAGUGGACAAAAUAUGUACACAUGUUGAAAGUACUCCUAUGCUGGCCAUUGCCCCAUCUCUUGCUGCGAACCUGUCGCCUGCGAUCAUGCCUAUUGAGAUGGAAAAGAGGAGGCCGUUGGCAAACCCCAAGUACAUAUCCCCUUUCAAGUGUGUUUCCAUUGAACCACUAUGGGAUGACACUGGAGACAUUGCCAUGGAAGUGUACAAAAUUGUAUGGAACGGUCAACUCCCUGAUGUUGAAAGUGCGUAUCUCAUCGACCAAAUGGAAGGCGCCAUUGUAUGGAAGGGCGAUGAAUUGAGGAAUUGUUUUUCAGAGGGUGGAAAGUUGACAAAUGAUAUAAUGCUCUUCUGGUCAACAUGUUUGAUUUUUGAUGAUGCCAACUAUCGGAAAGACAGCAUUGGCUACAGAGAAGUGCUGAAUUCUGAAAACCACAAUCUUACAUUCUCAUUUGAUGCUGCCGUCAACAUAAUCUCUCGUGAAUGCAAGAGUUUUAACCUACCUAAUGCAAAACUGAGUUUUCUUCCAACGAUUAACAAUGACCAUUGGACUAUUUUCUGCUUCAACUUCAACCACAAACGAAUCGAUAUACUUGAUUCAUUAGGACAUGACAGAGACGAGAAAGCUCUAAAGGCUAUGAAAGACAGAGUGGUUGGUAGGUUCCUUGAUGUUCUUGAUGUGAUGUUCCCAAAGAAGUUCACAGAUGUUAGGAAGUGGAAAUGCUAUCAUGCUUGUAACCAAAAGCAAGUCUUGACAAAUGAUUGUGGCUUUUUAGCGAUGAAAUACAUUCAGUUCUGGGAUGGCAAAGUUUUUGUGAAGAAAGUUUGCCCUAAGGAUGGAACAAAAUAUCGUGCGGAGGUCCUCUAUUACAUACUCUUCCACCCACUGAACGAGGCGAAGCUCCCUGCGGCUAUUGAGCGAUAUAGGCCUAAGAUUAGGAAGAUCUCCAAGUAGUUCAGCUCUGUUCUUUUUUCCAAGUUGUCUUUUGGAACUUUGUACCUAAAUGAUUGCAGUAACAUACUUAGAUGCUGGUAGUAACAUAAUUAGUUGGUGGCAGUAACAGGAGACUGUUAGGAACAUUGCCACGUUUUUUAAGUAAUGAAGGUGUACAGUGGCAGUAACGUACUUGGAUGCUGGUAGUAAAAAUACUUAGUUGGUGGCAGUAACAGGAGACUGUUAGGAACAUUGCCACAUUUUUGCAGUAACGAAUUAUAUAGUGGCAGGAACAUACCAUAUAUUAUAAGUCUUUUGUGUAAUUCCCUGUUAACUCUGGGUUGUUUCACAUGUCACAACAUUUACAUCA